ACCCCCUUCAGGGUUGUAAAAUAUGGCAUUUUAAAUUGAUGACACGUUAUAUGAACAUAUCGUGUACACAUGAACCCCCAGGAACGCCUGCUGCUCGCUUUUGUAGGAAAAAAUACAGCAACUGAGCUGGUUUUACAGACGAAGACAAUUUGAAACUACAAUACCCACAAUCCACUUCCAUUUCCUGUGACCAGUUCCUUUUGUUUUUUAUGAGUUUCCGGGGGCUAUUGUCGUCUAUGAAAAGCCUGCGGCCUACACACGAUCGGUUAACGCUUUCGUUGUUUCCGUGUCGAUAAAAUUGGCUAAAUGGCGACAGAGGGGCCACCUGGAAUCGAACCCGGUCCAACAGACCUGGGUAACUCGGUGGCGUCUCUUAAUGCCUGGACUAACGGAGAACUUCAAGCGAAACUUGCAGAGAUUGGGGCUCCCAACAUGGGUCCCAGGGAAGAACUGCUAGACACAUUGAAGACAUACGUGUUGCAGACUGGUAUGAUCCCCACCAAGCCAAACCUAGCAGGAAACGACGACACAACCCCUUUACCGACACAGAUGCCAGGCAUGACCCUGCCACCACCUCCAAUGCCCAUGCCUUUACCUCCAGGAAUGGGAAUGAUGCAGGCCAUGAGUGUGAUGGGAGCACCGCCCCCUCCUGGGAUGCAUGUGCCCAUGGAGGAAGAACAGCUCAAGAUGGCACAGCAGCGGGCUGCCAUGGUGCUGCAGCACGAAGAGAGGGAUGUUCAGCAGCAGGGGGAAUCUCGGUCCAUGCAGGAACAGCUGAAGGAGCAGGAGCUGCUGGAGCAACAAAAGAGAGCUGCAGUGCUGCUGGAGCAAGAGCGGCAGCAGGAGCUAGUCAAGAUGCAGCAGGGAGGACCCAGUGCUCGGGUUCCUGAGCCAGUGACACGCCCCCCAGGUGUCACCUUGCCAGCUGUGCCCCAGCUCAAUCCCAUGAGAGGUAUGUCACAAACCGGGCCCCCUCCACCAGGCAUCUCCUUGGUGCCCCCACCCAGUCAUAGACAGAGGGUGCCACCACCUCCUGGAGAAGAUGCCCGUGAGGUUUGGCAGGGAGAGGAGGUGGGCAUUGGGCCUAAGAUUCCCCAGGCCUUGGAAAAGAUCCUGCAGUUGAAAGAGAUGCGCCAGGAACAGCUCAGCGACGUUCCUGCAGAAGAAGAUGGUGCUGGAGAGAUGGACACACGCACAUCUGGGCCUGCUGUACUGUCAGAAACUGAGGAGGAGGAUGGCACAGUCUCAAAGAAAGAUAAAAACCGUAAACGCAGGAACCGGAAGAAAAAGAACAAGAAAAAGAAAGCGCAGACUAACGGGGAGAUGAACAAGGAAAAAGCAGAGAUGGAGAAGGAAAAAGAGGCAGCAGUUGAGAUUGAGUACAUCACAGAGGAGCCAGAAAUCUACGAUCCCAACUUCAUCUUUUUCAAAAGGAUUUUUGAGGCUUUUAAGCUCACAGAUGAUGUGAAGAAAGAAAAAGAAAAGGAACCAGAGAAGGUGGAGAAGCAAGAGACUACUACAGUGAAGAAGAAGGGCUUUGAGGAGGAAAAGAAAGACAGUGAUGACAGUGAUGAGGAGGCAAAACGUGACAUUCCCAAGAUGUCAAAAAAGAAACUGAGGAGGAUGAACCGGUUGACAGUGGCUGAGCUCAAACAGCUUGUUGCCCGGCCUGAUGUUGUGGAGAUGCACGAUGUGACAGCACAGGAGCCAAAGCUCCUUGUACAUCUGAAGGCCACCCGCAACACAGUACCCGUGCCCCGGCAUUGGUGCUUCAAGAGGAAGUAUUUGCAGGGCAAAAGGGGCAUUGAGAAGCCACCUUUCGAGCUGCCUGAGUUCAUCAAAAGAACUGGCAUCCAGGAAAUGAGGGAAGCACUGCAGGAGAAGGAAGAUGCCAAGACUAUGAAGACCAAGAUGAGAGAGAAGGUUCGCCCCAAAAUGGGCAAGAUUGACAUUGACUACCAGAAGCUCCAUGAUGCGUUCUUCAAAUGGCAGAUAAAGCCCAAACUUACCAUUCAUGGAGAUCUGUACUAUGAGGGUAAAGAAUUUGAGACCAGGCUGAAGGAGAAGAAGCCUGGAGAUCUGUCUGAUGAGCUGAGGAUAGCACUAGGGAUGCCUGUGGGUCCAAAUGCCCAUAAAGUGCCCCCUCCAUGGCUGAUUGCUAUGCAGCGCUAUGGACCACCUCCUUCCUACCCCAACUUGAAGAUCCCUGGGUUGAACUCACCCAUCCCCGAGAGCUGCUCGUUUGGCUACCAUGCGGGAGGCUGGGGCAAACCCCCAGUGGAUGAGAUGGGCAAACCCUUGUAUGGUGAUGUGUUUGGGACCAAUGCAGGAGAUUUCCAGGCUAAAACAGAAGAGGAGGAGGUUGACCGCACACCAUGGGGAGAGCUGGAGCCUUCAGAUGAAGAGUCUUCUGAGGAAGAGGAGGAAGAAGAGAGUGAUGAAGACAAACCAGAUGAGACUGGCUUCUUCACGCCUGCUGAUAGUGGCCUGAUAACCCCAGGAGGAUUUUCCUCGGUUCCUGCUGGAAUGGAGACCCCUGAGCUCAUUGAACUGAGGAAGAAGAAGAUUGAAGAGGCCAUGGAUGGCAAUGAGACGCCCCAGCUUUACACUGUGCUGCCAGAAAGGAGGACCACAUCUGUGGGAGCUGCCAUGAUGGCAUCAACUCACAUUUAUGAUGUUUCGGGGGCAAUGGCAGGACGCAAAGCUGGUGGAGGGCAGGAGUCGCAGGGGGUAGAGGUGGCUUUGGCUCCUGAGGAGUUGGAGCUGGACCCCAUGGCCAUGACACAGAAGUAUGAGGAGCAUGUGCGUGAACAGCAGGCCCAGGUGGAGAAGGAGGACUUCAGUGACAUGGUGGCUGAACACGCUGCCAAGCAGAAGCAAAAGAAGAGGAAAGCCCAACCACAGGACAACAGAGGCAGCACCAAGAAGUAUAAGGAGUUUAAAUUCUAGAUUAUGAUUUGGUGAAAGAUGAGAGAUUUGGGCUUUUUGUUCCCUCUUGGGCUUCCUAAAAGCCACUCAAGUUCAGUCAUUGUUUUGAUAAAGUUUUACUAUCGUUUUAUAGAAAUGUUUUAAAUUCUCUCCAAUAAACUGUCUCUGUGUUGUCUACACAUAUCAUUUGUUCCGUCUCUGCGUUUGUGUAAAUGGAUGGAAAAUUGAGCAUAAACUGUUACGUGGAACUGUGACUGUGCUAAAGAAACAUGAAGUGAGACUCGUAUAGUGUUUGUAAUGGUAACCUGGAGCUUUUUUAAAUCCAUAAUGUCCACCUAACAUGUUAUGAUUGCCUGUUUGUUCAGUAUAUGUGAACUCCGAUUUACUCAGCGCUUUUAGUCUUUCAGGGGACAGUAGUGCCAUUUAGGAAGGUGACUCAUCUGACUAUGAUUUGACCUGUAAGCUAAAAAGUUGUAGUUUAAGUUUUUGCAGGGUGCCAGUGCUGUCACUGUCAGUCCUCCAUGUAACUGUGGGCUGUUUGUCAGUUACACACUCCUGAGAUACAUUCAGCUGGGGGAGAUGUGCAACUGCACGUUGUGUGUACAGGGAAGAGACAAAAGGAUUUUAAAGUGUAAUUCCCAGUGUCUGUCUGUCUCUUCUCUAGAAAGGUUUUCCUUGUACAAAUGUUCUUGUAGCUUGAGCUCUUAAAUGUGGAUUUCCAUUAUGGUAAAUGCAUUUCUAGGAUGAUACAGGCAUAGACUGUAAAAAUGGGAAAGUAAGUCACUGUGAAUAAAACUCAGUAAGUGAAUGAA